UAAAGCUAUUUUUGGUCCCUGUGCAGCCCUCACCCUCUCCCAACCCCCUCAUGCCUCCCAACUUCGUCGUUCUUCUCGAUGCCAUUCUGAUUCUCUCGUUCACCGUCUCUGUGAUAAUAUAAGUAACUCAACAAAUACAUUGACGUACUACUUCCUGACACUACCAUCGCUGUCCAAGAAAAAUCACUGUCCAAGAAAAAUUAAAAUACUCUUUUUAGUUUUUGCCAUAUAAGAUUAAAGAAGAUAUGAUAUCUCUGCUUGCAAACAAUCUAUUGUAGCUGUACCUGUUCCACGUUACAUUCUAUUAAUUAAUCUCCUCUCACACCCUGUCACAGUUAAGAACGUGGGGGCUCUUGUAUCCAUAUGCAAGCGAGACCCAGCCCUCUUUGGUCUUUACCUCUCAGUUUCUGGCUCCUUGCGAUAUAUUUUUUUUCCCCUUUUUCUACUUGUGUCGCUGUAAAUGCAGCUUGGUUUAAUUUUAUCUUUUGAUGGGGAAGAGGGGAGGUAGCUCAUGGUUGACUGCUGUGAAAAGGGCUUUUAGAUCUCCUACUAAAGAGACUGACAAGAGUUGCAGGAGAAGAGAGGAGCAUGACCAAGAAGAAGAUGAAGAAAAGAAGAGGGAGAAAAGACGAUGGAUAUUUAGGAAACCCACGAAUCAAGAAACGGUGACACAACAGACGCUUUCGAAGUCAGCUACUGAUAAGGCUUCCGGUGGUGGUAGCGCGACACCGACGGACCAUGUGUAUGCUGCGGCAGCUGAGCAGAAGCACGCCAUUGCAGUGGCGGUGGCCACAGCAGCUGCGGCUGAGGCUGCGGUAGCCACAGCUCAGGCCGCCGUGGAAGUAGCUCGACUGACUAGACCUUCUUAUCAGGCCAGAGAACACUAUGCAGCAAUUGUUAUCCAAACCGCUUUUAGAGGAUAUCUGGCAAGGAGGGCACUUCGUGCGCUUAAAGGGCUAGUAAAGUUGCAGGCUUUAGUAAGGGGACACAAUGUGAGAAAGCAAGCAAAGAUGACCCUGAGAUGCAUGCAAGCUCUGGUUCGAGUACAAGCUCGGGUGCUGGAUCAACGCAAGAGGCUUUCGCAUGAUGGCAGCAGGAAGUCGACAUUUAGCGACACCAAUAGCUUAAUUGAAUCACGAUAUCUUCAAGACAUUUCAGAUAGAAAAUCAAUGUCAAGAGAGGGAAGCAGCAUUGCAGAUGAUUGGGAUGAACGGCCUCACACAAUUGAGGAGGUUAAAGCUAUGUUACAACAGAGGAAAGAGGCUGCAAUCAGGCGAGAAAAGACCUUAUCCCAAGCUUUCUCUCAGCAGAUAUGGAGAACUGGUAGGAGCCCGUCAAUAGGGAAUGAAGAUGAGCUCCAAGAAAGACCAAAAUGGCUUGACCGCUGGAUGGCUACAAAGCCAUGGGAUAGCAGCAGAGCUAGAGCUUCAACUGACCAAAGAGACCCCAUCAAAACCGUAGAAAUUGACACCUCCCAGCCUUACUCAUACUUAGCUCCCAAUUAUAGAAGAGCCAACCAAAGCCAAUAUCACCAACACCAGCACCAGAGAACCAAUUCACAAUCUACCUCUUCUCCACUCCAUAGAGCUCAUCAAACUGCACCUCUCCACCACUCUCCCAUUACACCCUCUCCAUCAAAAACCAGGCCUGUUCAGGUCCGAUCAGCGAGCCCACGUUGUGCAAGAGAAGAUAGAAGCUACCAUCCCUCUCAAACACCAAGCCUGAGGUCCAAUUACUAUUACACUGGCAAUUUGCAUCAACAUGGAAGGGGUGGUGGUGGUGCUAGUGGUAGUAAUGCAGUUAGUACUAACUUGCCUAAUUACAUGGCUGCAACCGAGUCUGCAAAGGCUAGAGUGAGAUCCCAGAGUGCACCAAGGCAGAGGCCAUCAACUCCUGAGAGAGACCGAGUUGGGAACGCAAAGAAACGGCUUUCAUUUCCUGUCCCUGAUCCUUAUAACGUGGGGAUAGGCUAUAGCGGUGGUGUUGGCGGUGGUUUUGGACAUAGCUUGAGGAGUCCAAGUUUUAAGAGUGUUAGUGGAGUUCAAUUUGGUGGGCUAGAACAGCAAUCUAACUAUUCAUCUUGCUGUACGGACAGCCUUGGAGGUGAGAUUUCACCAUCUUCAACCAGCGACCUCAGGAGGUGGUUGAGGUAAUUUAAUGGUGGAUAUCAUAAUAUGAAUCAUGAAUUUUAGGCUUUCUACUUUAAUUUGAGACUGUCCCUACUGCUGGUGGUUGGAUUAUCCUGUCCUCGGGGGAAUUGAGUUUCUGGACAAGUUCGUACGUAGUUGAACAUGGUAUUCAAUCGCGUGGGUUCCUUUUUUUUUUUUCAUUUUUUUAGUUUUAAUUUUUGUUUGAAGUUGUAACCAUAGGGGUGUGCCCUUGUUUUCAAGCAAUUCUUAACAAUUUAGUUACCCAUUUUGCUGCAGCUAA